AUGAGGGCUGGAGAUGAUCCUUUUGAGACAAACCGCCUUGCUGCUGCUGCAGCCAGCGCUGCUGUCCGCGACCUGCGCAGGCGCAGCAGCAGCAGCACUCUCAGCGACGACCUCAUCCUUGCUGCCAAGGGAGCCGCCACCGCAGCAGCAGCAGCAGCAGCAGCAGACUUCCCGCCCCUUAGGGGCAGCAGCCUGCACGUUCUGCCUGAGGACGAGGCAGAUGAAACCCUGCUGCCCGAAAGCCAGUGGACCAGGGAGCAGCGGCAGCAGCAGCAGCAGCAGCAGCAGCAGCAGGAGCUCGACGAGCAGCUCCAGACUGUCCGCCUCGCCCAGGCCCCAACCCCUCCCCUGCAAGCAGCCGCAGCAGCAGCAGCAGCAGCAGCAGCGCAGCAGCAGCAGGACCCUCCCCUCCGCUACAUGAGCGCCACCAUGCCAGACCCUCAAGCCAAAGCCUCCGUGCUGCUGCUGCCGCCGCUGCCCCCGAACUCCGUUGACUACUACGAGCACAACCAGCAGCAGCGGCAGCAGCAGCAGCGACAGCAGCAGCGCCCGCAGCAGCAGGAACCGCAGCAAAAGUCUCCCCAAAACGACUCUUCUCAGAAAUCAAAGAGCUGGGAAGAACAAAUCGAAAAGGGAGCCGGGACCACCGUCUACUUCCUCGAAGACGUAACAGACUUCAGCCGCCUUUUAAACCCUAGCGGCCAGGCGGCGGCGCGGCGGCUUUUGUGGGGCCUUUUUGCUUUCUUCAGAAGGGGACUUGAGUUCUGCCCUGGUUUGGCUAGCCCGACGGCUGCGCCGCAGAUCAUCCCGCACCUUGCCUGCAUUCUGCUGCUCUACAUGAGCGAGCCAGCGGCCUUUUCCGUCUUGUACUCUCUCGUCAAACAUGCUCAAGAGACUGCCAGAAAGCACCAACACCACACCAGGCUCAUGCACAAGCUGGACUACGUGGUGAUAAAGCGCAAAGACUUCAUUUGGUAUGCCCAGCCUGACUUGUCUAGGGUUUAG